CGGCUCUUCCUCAUUCAGCCUGCUGCUGCUCUGUGUCUGAUGUGGCGGGAGGCUCUGGAGGUUCUCACCCCGCAGAGUGAAGCUGUUAGCCCGGGCCUGGAGUCCCUGAGGCCCCCCUGCGUCGCCUUGUUUUCACCGGUUGUGCAGUGAAGGGUAAACACACACCGGGGGUUUGGGUGGAGUUGUUGCAGCCCGGACUGAGGAAUGUGACGCACCGACGGAGAGAGAGAGAGACCCGUCGGUACAAAGAGAGGAGACAAGUUCUGCUGCAAAGUUAGGAGGUUCAAAUUCCUCCUCCCUCGCCUCUCCUCACCCAAGCCCUGUCCAACCAUGACGCACCGAUCUCAGAGUUCAUCUAUUGGUGAAAACCCCCUCGACCCAAACUACCUUCCCCCACAUUACAAAGAGGAGUACCGCUUAGCUAUUGAUGCCCUGAUAGAAAAUGACAUACAGGGUUACUAUGAGUUCCUCCAGAGCGCAGAGGUGGUCGGUUUUCUGGCACAGUCGGAAAUUGAAUUCAUCAAGUCCACAAUCCAGACGCCCAACCUGUCCUCCAGCGUCCCAGAGCUGACAUACCAUGAUGGAGGUCAGGAGGCUGAUGGCUCCUCCGACACCUACUGGCCGGUGCAGUCCGACCUGGCCGCCCCGGGGCUGGACCUGGGCUGGCCGAUCCCACAGCAAAGCUUCAUGGGGCCCACGGAGGUCACCACUCUAGUCAACCCAUCCGACCCAGACAUGCCAAGCAUCAAGGAGCAGGCCAGGAGACUCAUCAAGAAUGCACGCCAAGUUAUUGCUGUGGUGAUGGACAAGUUCACAGAUGUUGACAUUUUUGCGGACCUCUUGGAUGCAGCAUCACGCCAUGUUCCUGUUUACAUUCUACUGGAUGAGCAGGACGCCCAUUACUUUGUCUCUAUGGUCUUACAGUGCAAAGUCAACUUGGACCAACAUCCUAUGGUACGUGUCCGGACUGUGGCAGGGAUAACCUAUUAUUCCCGUACGGGGAAAUCAUUUAAGGGGCAGGUGAAAGAUCGUUUCCUACUGGCUGACAGCAGAGCUGUGCUCAGUGGUAACUACAGUUUCAUGUGGUCCUAUGAGAAGAUCCACCGCUGCAUCGCCCACCUCUUCCUCGGGGAGCUGGUUGCCACCUUUGAUGAAGAGUUUCGCAUUCUGUUUGCUCAGUCAGAGCCUCUAGUGAUUGACCCAUCCAGUGGAGCACUUGCUCUCUCUGACCACAGCAGCACCAGCAGUUACUUAGGCAGCCAGUUUGGUCUGAAGAGGACCCAGUCUUUGCGUAACCCCAUAGGUUUCCGCAGACAGCCUGAGAUUGCCUCUGGCUUCCCCUAUGGAGAGCCUGAUCGCAACCUUGGACUUCCUUUCCGAAGGACCGAUCCAUUUCGUCACACAAUCGAACCCGCGGCAGGAAUUACAAUUGGAAAGUAUUCCCAGCAGCAGUUUCGUCUGCAGCAGUCGUUCAUGGAGCAGGGGAGGUCCAUAGUUUCCAGGCAAAUGGAGUUGAGUGCCAGUUCCUUUAAGAGGCACAGCUAUGCAGAGGGAACCCAGGAAAACUACACAUCGUCGAAGCAAUACAUGAAGCACAGAGUCAUGAAUAAUCUGGAUGAGACAGACUUCCAGAGGGAGCAGAUGCAAAGUAGCCAUUUCUACACUGAAGGGCCUGGGUCGGGUUCUGGACACGGACACUACGACAGACUUCGAGGUCGUUCUUCACAACUCUCCAUUGACCAGCUUUCAGAUUCAAACUAUCGCUCAGAUCUGGAGCCUCCACCAGGAAAUUAUGGCAGAGACUACUUUUCAUCUGAGGACUUGAAAGGACCUGAGGGGCACCAGGCACCUCCAUUAGCUGGGAGGUACGGAGGAGAUUUCACCAAUAAGAGGCCAACCGUAGGUCAGGCGUAUGCCUGCCAGAGCUCACCCACGCAUCUCCACCCACCAGAAAAGAAAAAGUAUGGCAAACAAUCUGAUCAAGAGCCUGAUGAAGAUCCAGAUGCUAGGCAAGGCAUGAGGAGUUGGAGAAUCGAAUCCUAUCUUAGCACUUGUGAGGACGGUGGAGAAGAAGGUCUGACUCAACCUUUGGGGCCUGAUGCAUUUGAAGAUCCUCCACCAUCUCAGCAGCCAACUGCCACUGAAAAUUCAGCUCCCCGCUUUGGAAUAAGGGAUCAACCGACUGUCCUCCCCAAACCCAGACCAGAUAUCACAAGACCGCGUUUUGGAAAGCCCAUCUUACCUGAGAGCGACAUGAAAGACUCUGCUCCAACAACAACCAAGGAUCUGCAAGGGAGGGAGGCUGGGAAGGAAAGGGAGAGUGAGCCAGAGAGGGGUGCAGCGAGGGAGAUGGAUGCGGAAAUGAAAGAGAAUACAGACCUCUUCCUGUCCAAACACGAAUCAUUCCGUUCACGUAUUAACCCACUCCUUCAACGUAGCUCACGUCUGCGUUCCUCGCUCAUAUUCUCGUCUUCCAAGGCAGAGAUGCACAGUGGUAGCCUGGGCCUCAAACAAGCCACAGACACAGACGAGGAGUUAGACUCAGUGCGCACUUCCUCGAUUGUGGCCCAGAUCCUCGAGAAGAGGAGGUCAUUGUCCCGUGAGCCUUUUGAGUGGAGAAAGAAGGCUGAGGAAAAGGAGAAGGAGAAAGAAAGGGAGAAAGAGCAGGAGAAAGAGAAAGAACGGGAGAAGGAAAAAGAACGGGAGAUGGAGAGAGAACGAGAAAGGGAGAGGGAGAGAGAAAGGGAGAAGGAGAAACAGCGACAGCAAGAGGAAAAGGAGUUUCGAUUGAAAGAGGAGAUUAAAGCAAAAGAGGAAGAGUUAAAGACAACAUCAACUGUCACAACAUCAUUAUCUAUGAACAUGAAUGACCCAGCUAAUAGACUGCAGUAUUUCAAAGACCUGGCUGCCAAGAGGAAAGCCUCAAAAAUGGGGACAGAGUCAUCGUUAAAAGCCCCAGAGCCUGCUGAGAAGAAGCCAGACCUUUCUGAUAAACCUCCCCUAAAAAUGUCAAUAACUCCAAGGACAGUCUCUGUUAGUUCAGCAGAACCUGAACUAAAGAAGACAGACAUCUCUGCAAAACUGGCAGAGCUCAGUCGCAGAUCUUCAUUCAGUUCCUCAAAACCACCCAUAGUCGCUACCAAGACUUCUGUGAGCCACGUGAGGUCUUCCGAGACAACUCCACCUCAUAAAGAGGAAAAUGCGUCAGAGGGUCAAAAAAGGGAUAUCUUCAGGUCUCUAAAGCCCCUUCCUUCACCUAAGAUCUUCAGGAAGGAUCCGUUGAAGCUCAAAUCCCUGAAUCCUCGUCGCAUCUCCUCUGGUGAAGAGUAUCUGACCACGGACGCUACAGAUGCAGAGAAGAGUGAACUGAAAAAGAGUCGCUCUCAUAGUUCCUCAACUCUGCCACGAGAUGACAAGAUUAUGGGAUCUACUACAUCCAUCAACACACUCGGUGAGGGAAAGGGUGAGGGUAAGACACUCGACUUCUUGAAGAAGCAGACUCAGAGGCUAAAGGGAUUCCUGGGGCCCAAGGAUAAAGAAAAGAAAUCUUCAGGAGAAGAUAGGGGCAUGAGCACGGUCAGAGAGAUCACUGAAGAUUCAAGCAAAAAGCUGAGUUCAUCAACUAAAGAUAAAGGCUCUUCCACUACUGACCAAACUACAGCCAAUCACAAAUCAUCCAUCGGCACAUCAGGCCCAUCUCGAUACCAGACCCCGGGCAGCUCUGUUCUGUACAAUAGCAACCUAAGAGAUGACACCAAAGUCAUCCUAGAGCAGAUCUCGGCCAACAGCCAGAAGAACCGACUGGAGCGAGAAGAAACCGGAGGGGGUGACGGCGGGGAGAAGGGGCUGGAGAGACAAAACUCCGUAAAAAAGAGUCGAUUCCUGCAUCCGGUGGGCAACGUCCAGGAGCGAGAGGGAUUACUGAAGAGGAUAGAGAGUUUGAGGAAGGAGAAGAAGGUCUACAGCCGCUUUGAGGUAGUCUAUAACUGCAAGGAUGAUGUGUGCAGCGUGGAUGGGAAAGAGAUAUAAACAAAUUUGAGUAGUAAAGACAUGUAUUAGUGGAAUCAGGGGGUUGGAUUAAAUUACAAUACAAAAAACAGCUGUUUAAAAUAUAAAUCCUGUAUUGUUUGAGUAAAUCAGAUGCAACAGUAUACAGCACACUUGUGUUAGUAGUAUUCAAUUACAAUGAUAAGAGUAAAAUGUGAAAGAACAAUAUCUUUGCAAAUUUGUGAGCCAUAAAAAUGAUCAGAUAUGUUUUAAAAACAUGUUUAAGUAUUACGAAAUUUAGAUAUUUAGUUUGUUCUAUCAGUUUGAAAGUGGAAAUAAGUCUUUGAAAUGUACAUAAACAAUUGUUUUUAAUUAUAUAUUUUUUUAUACAUUGUAAUUAUACAUAAUUACAAACAUAAUUAUGUUGUUUGUAUAAUUGAAAGUAGUUUUUAUUCCCAAACAGUGACAGAUUGUUUGACAUAGUGUUUGCUUUUGUGUAAAUAAAUUUUGGUGGACAAGCUAUUGUUCAUUGAUUUAUAUAUAUUUAUAUAUAUAUAUAUAGUAUACACAAUAGAAGUACACUAGUACAACUAUAUGAUUGUUAUUAUUAUUCUAUUUUAAAUACUAUUUAAUUUGGUUUUACCUUUACUGGUAAACUGGUUAAGAGUCUUUAAGAUAAGCAGGACAUACUUAGGAGUGUCCCUCGUGAUACUGACAGUAGAGGAGAAGGAGGGAAAGGGCAGACGGAAAUGG